AGAAAACAGAAGGUUUAGUUUAGUUUUUAUUAUUAACCAGCCACGACGAGAAUCGUGGAAAGGAACCGUUACAUUGUGCAUCAACGAAAGAGAAGGAGAGCGAUAAGCGACAGCAAACAAAAACAAAAGAGGAAAGGGGGAGAAAGGAAUCAGAAAAGCGACAGAGAAACCAAAGAUACACAAUCCACAGACAGUUUGUUGGAAAUUCAAAAUUACAAUUGAAAAUUCUUUGGAUUCGGAUUGGCAGCCGAGCCGAGCCCCACCCCCCACCGCCCCCGCACGCAGUCGCCGCCAUGAACGCCCUGCUACGUCACAAGGGACGCAACCUGCGAACGAGUCAUUUGGCCCAAAAUGUCUACAAGCGCUAUAUUAAAUCGAGCUGUUGCGCGUGUAGCUCGACUAACUUCACAGAUGGACCCGCCACAGUGGAUGAGCGGCCCCGGAGAUCCGCAUCCACUUCGGCGCUAGAGAUUAGCAGAUCGCUGGGUGCCCACCGGAGAUUCCAGCCACACGCCAGCUACGGAUACCACUACUCUGGCCAUGGAUUCAGGCAUCUGCACGCCAGCCGGUCUAUGUGGGAGACGUCCAGCUCGAAGAUCGACGUGACCGUCAAGAAGUUGAAAAACCAGCAGAAGGAGAAGGUCGAGGGGAUCAUGAAGGAGGUGGCCAAUGGUCAGGCGGCGGCAGCGGGUGGUAGCAGUGCAGCUACCGCCUCUGCCUCCUCAGAGAAAGGUCAAAACGCUAGCGCGACGACCGGAUCCACAUCGGCAACUGCUUCGACGACAUCUUUGGCCCAAACUGCGGACAAGACCGUGGCCAAGCCAAAGAAGUCGCUCGGCACACGAAUUUGGGACGAGGUGGUGCACUAUUACCACGGCUUUCGGCUGCUCUCCAUCGAUGUGGCCAUCUGCUCGAAGCUCCUUUGGAGGGUGCUCAACGGCAAGACACUUACGCGGCGCGAGAACAAGCAGCUGCAGCGGACCACCUCGGAUCUGUUCCGACUGAUCCCCUUCUCGGUGUUCAUUAUUGUGCCCUUCAUGGAGCUGCUGCUGCCGUUGUUCAUCAAAUUUUUCCCCGGCAUGCUGCCCUCCACGUUCCAGACCUCAACCGAUCGUCAGGAGAAGCUGCGCCAGUCGCUGGGUGUCCGCCUCGAGGUGGCCAAGUUUCUGCAGCAGACCCUCGAUCAGAUGCCCGUCCAGCACAAGGAGCACAGCAGCGAGGAGGCCAAGCAGUUCGAAGUCUUCUUCACCAAGAUCCGCAAUCCUACUGAGGCCGUAAGCAAUGAUGAUAUCAUCAAGUUCGCCAAGCGAUUUGACGACGAGAUCACCCUGGACUCCCUUUCCCGGGAGCAACUGGCGGCACUUUGCCGGGUUCUCGAGCUAAACACAAUCGGCACCAGCACGCUGCUGCGUUUCCAGCUGCGGCUGAAGCUGCGAUCCCUGGCCACCGAUGACCGGGUGAUUGCCCGCGAAGGAGUCGACUCUUUGGACCUAUUAGAGCUGCAGCAGGCGUGCAAGGCACGUGGAAUGCGGGCCUAUGGACUCACGGAGGAGCGUCUUCGUUUCCAGCUAAAGGAGUGGAUCGAUCUCUCGCUGAACGAGCAGGUGCCGCCUACGCUGCUGCUCCUCUCCAGGACCAUGCUCAUUUCCGACGACAGCAUCACCACUGACAAGCUCAAGGAGACGAUGCGCGUGCUGCCAGAUGCAGUGGGUGCUCACACACGUCAUGCCAUCGGCGAGAGCGAGGGCAAGGUGGACAACAAGACCAAGAUCGAGAUCAUCAAGGAGGAGGAGCGGAAGAUUCGCGAGGAACGCGAGGAGGAGCACGAGGAAACCAUCGCCAAGCGAUCGGCCAUCAAGGAGGAGAUUCCCGCUCCCUAUGUGUUUGCCGAGAAGCUUACCAAUAAUAUUUUGGACCGCAAGGAGCCGGCCUCGGUGUCCGAGACGGAUAAGGGCAUUUCCUCAACUGAUGUCCAACUGCUGUCCGACGCCCUGAAGACCCUUUCAUCCGAUAAACAGCUUGUGGUAGAGAAGGAAACAAUCAAGGAACUGAAGGAGGAGCUGGCCGACUACAAGGAAGAUGUGGAGGAGCUGCGUGAAGUGCGACAGGUGGUCAAGGAGCCAGUGCGUGAGAGUAGGGCUGCCAAGAUGCUCUACAACCGGGUCAACAAGAUGAUCUCCCAGCUAGAUAAUGUCCUUAAUGAUCUGGAGGCAAGGCAAAACCAGAUUAAGCAGGCUGAGUCCACCGAUUUCGUGGCCCCCAGCCCCGCUGUCGAGCCGCAGCAGAUGGUGCAUAUCGACGAACUGGUCUCCACCAUCAAGCGAAUGAAGGAGGCCUCCGAUGAGGAGAGAUUUAAGGUUGUUGGGGAUCUGCUGGUCAAACUCGAUGCGGACAAGGAUGGUCUGCUUUCGGUGCAAGAGAUCACCAAGGCGGUGCAGAGCAUCGAUAGCGAGGCCACCAACAUCGACAAGAAGCAGCUGGAGGAGUUCACUGAGCUCCUGUCUAAGCAGGCGACCCGGAAACGCAACGAGGAGAUGCUGCGCAUCGACGAUCUGAUGAAUAACAUAAAGGUGCUGAAGGAAACCAGUGACGAGGCGCGACUCAAGCACAUCGAAGCUGUCCUGGAGAAGUUUGAUGCCGACAAAGAUGGCGUGGUAACAGUCAACGAUAUUCGAAAGGUCAUGGAGUCUAUUGGUCGUGACAAUAUUAAGCUAAGCGAGAAGGCCAUUGAGGAACUCAUCAGUCUGCUUGACAAGGAGCAAGUGCUGCAGGCAGAGCAAAAGAUUGAAAAGGCCAUUGCCAAGAGCAUGAAAGAGGCUGAGAAACUGAAGUCUGAGGUAGACAAAGUGGAUAAGGAUUUGGCCAAGUUGGUGAGUGAUGUCCACGACUCCGCCAAGGAGAUUCAGGAUAUUGCCAACGCACUGCGCGAUAAGGAGGAAAUAGUGCCCGAUAAAGCUAAGGAGUUUAAGGCGGAGCCCGCUUUUAAGGAUACGGCCAAAACAUUAAAGGACAACGCAAAGAACCUGGACGAAGCGGCGCCAAAGGAUGCCAAAGCAGAUCCCAAAUCGCCUACAAAGGCUUCGGGAGGAUCCGGACCAUCAGGCAAGUCCGGUGGCGGUGCCAGCAGUGGAGGAGCAGGCGGCGUUAUUACUGGUGCAGCAACGACGGAAUCGGCGAUCCGAGAGGCGGCCGAGCGGCAAAUGGAGAAGAUCCUGCCCUCCACGGACAUUGGCCUGCCGCCCACGAUACAAACACCAACGCAACCACCGACGUCCAAGAAGGCAACGGCCACUGCAUCGACCCUGUCCACGACGAUUACGGCCAAGAAGCUGCUCUGACCGGCCGAGGAGUCCAAUAAGUCCAAGGAGGGAUCGGCCCAGACAACUCCUAAGCGUGUACCUAAGCCGAAGUGAUGUGUGAUGGAGAAGGGGCGGAGGAGAGGUGCUGCUCGUGUGUCCCCCCCAUUUUGUUCCGACUAUACAAAGAAUUAAUUGUUACCACUUAACGUAAACGUAGGAAGAAAAUCGAAACGAGAAUGCAACUCUGUAUUUAUCUGAAUCCGAGAUCCUGGUGCAGGAUCUGGAGAGUGUGCUAUACUUAACGCGUGGCUGUAGUACGGUAUCUUCUCUAAGUAAGGCACAAACCAGAAACUACUAGAAAUACAUAAGAAUAUAUCACCUUAA